GACACAAGUGUCGUAAGAUACUUUGCGUAUAUUUCACGAAUUUCACGGCUUAUAUAAAUUGAGGUAAAGCGGUUCCGCGUGAAACUGUGUCGAAUUAAACCGCGCAAGGAUGGCGAAAUUCGCUCUUCUAUUUUGCCUCAUUAUUUUCACCGCCUAUGCCAACUCCCAGUUUAUCCCUUCGUUCCUCAAUCCGACGAAGAAAGUGGAACAAUACGAAAAGCAUGUUAUCGAAAAGAUCAACAAUAUCAUUAAUAAGGGGAACACGAUCUUUCUUCAGCGUAAAGAGCAGGCUAAGAAGCUUGUAGAAGAGAUGAAAAAAAAGAGCGAGAGAAUAAACACGGAUGCAAGAAAUUUUGUCAAUAAUAUAUUAAAAACGAUGGGUUUUGAAUUAAAAAAUCUAAAGAAAUAUCUAAAAGGCAUGAGUGACUGCAAUGCGAAAGAAAAAGAAUUGGAUCAUUUAUUUGAUCAAUUCAUAGAUUCAACUAAUAAUUGUACUUCAAGAAAGUUGAACGAAGCGAUACAACUUACGGUUGAAAUAAACACGAAAUCUGAAAACUUAUUGAAUGAUCUAAAUAAUAUUAGUACGAACGCAGCAAAGUGUACAACGAUAAACAAAUUUCCUUUUGAGAUCAUGAAUUGUUUAAAUGACGCACUGAAUAGAGCAAUACGAUAUUCACUUGUGGAUAUUUUAGAAACUUCGAAACAAAACGAUUAUAUCAUUACUCUGAUUAUAAAACUGAAAAUAUCAUUAAACAAAUGCAACAUAGAUGAAGUAAAAGAUAUAUCGAAACAAAUUACUGCAUUGAGAAAGGAAAUUAAAGACUGUUACAAAAAUCUAUAUACAAGUAGUCCGAAAUAUACUACCACAAGUGCAUGGCAACCAACAACUGUCACAAAACCUGAUAUUCUUACAUCGACCACAAGCACUAGCACAGAACAAUCAAGUAGCACAGAAGGACCAAACAGUUCUACUACGUCGAGUACAGAGCAAUCAAUUUCGAGUAGCACGGAAGGAUCAUCUAGCGCUAGUACAGAACAAUUCAGUUCAAGUACUACAGAACAACCAUCUAGCUCUAGUACACAAUUCACUUCAGAUAGCACAGAAGGAUCAUCUAGCUCUAGUACAGGACAGCCAUCCUCAAGCACAGAAGGAUCGUCUAGUACACAGCAAUCCAGUUCAAGUAGCACAGAACAAUCAAGUUCAGGUACCACAGUAAGACCAUUUACUUCUAGUACAUCGUUCACUUCAGAUAGCACAGGAUGGUCUAGCUCUAGUACACAACAAUCCAGUUCAAGUAGCACAGAACAACCAGGUAGUUCGAGUACAACCCAAUCAAGUAGUAGUACAGGAGGAUGGUCUAGCAUUAGUACAGAACAACCAAGUUCAGGUAGCACAGAAAGACCACCAGGCUCUAGUACAUCCACAUCAAGUAGCACAGAAGGAUCGUCUAGUACAGGACUACCAUCCUCAAGCAGUACAGGAGGAUCGUCUGGCACUAAUACACAACAAUCCAGUUCAACUAACACAGAACAACCAGGUAGUUCGAGUACAGCCCAAUCAAGUAGUACAGGAGGAUCGUCUAGUACAGGACUACCAUCCUCAAGCAGUACAGGAGGAUCGUCUGGCACUAAUACACAACAAUCCAGUUCAAGUAGCACAGAACAACCAGGUAGUUCGAGUACAGCCCAAUCAAGUGGUACAGCAGGAUGGUCUAGUGCUAGUACAGAACAACCAAGUUCAGGGAACACAGAAAGACCAUCAGGCUCCAGCACACCAUCCACGUCAGAUAGCACAGGAGGAUCGUCUAGUACAGGCCUGCCAUCCUCAAGUAGUACAGGAGGAUCGUCUGGCACUAAUACACAACAAUCCAGUUCAAGUAGCACAGAACAACCAGGUAGUUCGAGUACAGCCCAAUCAAGUAGUACAGGAGGAUCGUCUAGUGCUAGUACAGAACAACCAAGUUCAGGUAGCACAGAAAGACCACCUGGCUCUAGUACACCAUCCACGUCAGGUAGCACAGGAGGAUCGUCUAGUACAGGACUGCCAUCCUCAAGUAGUACAGGAGGAUCUGGCACUAAUACACAACAAUCCAGUUCAGGUAGCACAGAACAACCAGGUAGUUCGAGUACAGCCCAAUCAAGUAGUACAGGAGGAUGGUCUAGUACAGAACAACCAAGUUCAGGUAGCACAGAACAACCAGGUAGUUCGAGUACAGCCCAAUCAAGUAGUAGUACGGGAGGAUGGUUUACCUCUAGUACAGAACAACCAAGUUCAGGGAAUACAGAAAGACCACCUGGCUCUAGUACACCAUCCACGUCAGGUAGCACAGGAGGAUCGUCUAGUACAGGACUGCCAUCCUCAAGCAGUACAGGAGGAUCGUCUGGCACUAAUACACAACAAUCUAGUUCAAGUAGCACAGAACAACCAGGUAGUUCGAGUACAGCCCAAUCAAGUAGCACAGGAGGAUCGUUUAGUUCUAGUACACAACAACCAAGUUCAGGUACCACAGUAAGACCAUCUGGCUCUAGCACACCGUCCACUUCAGGUAGCACAGGAGGAUCGUCUAGCUCUAAUACAGAACAACCAAGUUCACGUAGCACAGAAACACCUGGUAGUUCGAGUACAGCGCAGUCAAAUAGCCCUGGAGGAUCGUCUAGUACAGAACAAUCAAGUUCAAGUAGCACAGAAAGACCAUCUGGCUCUAGUACACCGUCCACUUCAGGUAGCACAGGAGGAUCGUCUAGCUCUAAUACAGAACAACCAAGUUCACGUAGCACAGAAAGACCUGGUAGUUCUAGUACAGCGCAAUCAAGUAGCCCUGGAGGAUCGUCUAGUACAGAACAAUCAAGUUCAAGUAGCACAGAAAGACCAUCUGGCUCUAGUACACCAUCUACGUCAGGUAGCACAGGAGAAUCGUCUAGCUCUAGUACAGAACAACCAAGUUCAGGAAACACAGAAAGACCAUCUGGCUCUAGUACACCAUCUACGUCAGGUAGCACAGGAGGAUCGUCUAGCAUUAGUACACAACAAUCCAGUUCAAGUAGCACAGAACAACCAGGUAGUUCGAGUACAGCCCAAUCAAGUAGCUCAGGAGGAUGGUCUAGCUCUAGUACAGAACAACCAAGUUCAGGGAACACAGAAAGACCAUCUGGUUCAAGUACACCGUCCACGUCAGGUAGCACAGGAGGAUCAUCUAGUACAGGACUGCCAUUCUCAAACAGCACAGGAGGAUCGUCCAGCUCUAGUACACAACAAUCCAGUUCAAGUAGCACAGAACAACCAGGUAGUUCGAGUACAGCCCAAUCAAGUAGCACAGGAGGAUGGUCUAGCUCUAGUACAGAACAACCAAGUUCAGGUAGCACAGAACGACCAGGUGGUUCAAGUACUGCGCAAUCAAGCAGCACAGGAGGAUCGUCUAGUACAGAACAACCCAAUUCAGGUAGCACAGAACCAGGUAGUUCGAGUACUGCGCAAUCAAGCAGCACAGGAGGAUCAUCUAGCUCUAAUACAGAACCAACUUCAACCGGUACAGAUUCAGUCACAACAAUAAUAUAUACAGACAAGUUCACAAAUAGUACAAUAGAAGUGUCUACGGAUGUCACAGCAAGCUCGAAUAAUACAACGAAAGUAUCUACAGAUAUCACAGAGGGAUUGCCUUCUAUCACACCAGUCUCAAAUACCACUUUGCCUCCUUGUGUAUGUUUUAGUUAUGGUUAUUAAUUUAUUCCAAUAUAACAUAUGAAAAAUAUUUUUUUUUGUUUGAAAAAUACAUAUAAUUAUAUUUAUUUGUAUAUUGGAUGAAUUUAUUAAUUAUUUGAUAAUUGAACUAUAUGUCAUUGUUCGUAAUAAAUUUGUAGUAUUGAAGUAUUUUUGAAGUAUAAUGUUUUCAAUACUGUCUACUAGAAAUAUUAUUCUGGAUUUUAUUAGAUAAAUUUUGAUCUUUAUUUUGAAGAUUGAUAUUAUUGCGUAUAAAGAAGUGAAUAAUGUCUAAUAUGGUCAUUAAUAAUCAUUUUUAAAAAUGAUAUUUAAUUUUAUUUCUCGCUUUGCAAAAUAACUAACUAAAUAAAUAACUAAUUAAUAAAUUAUUUGAAAAAAAAAGUAUUUAAAUAAAUUUCUAAAUCUUGAAAUUUUUAAACAUCUCAAUAUUAUCAACAAUAACAAUUAUAUAUAAUAAAUACCUGGAGAACCUUAAAGUCAGAAUAUUAAAGAUAAAGCUUUGAAUCAAAUGUUUUCCAGUAUUUCAUUAUCAAUCUAAUUUCAAUUAUUCGUGUCAUGAAUAAUUUCUAACUUCUCAAGAAUCUCACGUGAAAAAUUAUUUAACUCUGAAAUGAGAUACUAACUUAUUCGUUAACGAAGUCCGAGUCGUUUUGUCCGCUUAUGUUCAUCUGAUCGUUGUGUUAGACUCUUUUUCUUGAGGAUAAGCCACGAUCCUCAAGACGAAAGUGCUUCAUACCAAAAAAAAA